GCUCCCAUUAGCCCUUGUGCUCUUACUCCUUCCUUCCUUUCAGCCUCCUCCGCCAUCUCUUCCCACCUCUACGACGACGGCCUCCGCCAGCGACGAACUCUGUCUUCUUCAACCUUAGUUGCAAUAAGCUGUCAGCAUCGUUACCCAACGAAUGGAAAGGGCCAUUUGCUUACUCAUUGGUUUUUCCUGUGGUCGUUCUUCUGAUUUACUCCCGUGAAGCUUCUCAGUGAAAUUUCAAGGUCUUGGUGUAUUGGUGGGUCUGUAAAUCGACAUUCAGGAGGCAGCGAUGAAGUCUACCUAUUCUUCUUUUCUAUCAGAUUUCGAAGAACAGAGCAAGUUCAUGGUGAGAUGUUUUUGAACGGGAAGAGAGUGAAGAUGGGGAAUCCAAGUGCUUUGAUGCGUAAACCUGGAGCUUAUCUUUCAUGAAGAACUAUCUUCAAAUCCCUAAUUUCCCUUCGACGUUUUUUUUUGAAUUCCUUGCCUGCAUUAGUCGUACUGCCGUCUACCCGAGCUACUGGUUCAGUGGGGUUGAAGAUCGCACAGGUGGUUCUUCUGCCAUUUACACCACCGUCGCCUCCAUUGCUGUUAAUUUUCAUACUAGUGAUGGUGGCUUUGCGUCACUCCCGUUCCCUUUGGUGAUAAGCCCUCCAAUUUAAUAAAGUGACUGCUCUGUGCUCCCUCUACAAGUGCAAAAACUUCUGGUAUCUGUCCACUGACGCACCCACAUGCCUCCGAGGAAGAAACCCAGCUCUUCUUCCAAGAAAUCGAAUCCAAUCAGCGAGGCUCAACCUUCCAAGUUCGGGAUUCAACGUUUUUUUGAGCGCCACACCCAGAAUGCUCUUCUGGCCUCUCAAAAGCAGCCAACAAAUGAUGAAUCUGCGGACCGUCCCGUUUCUGCCCCUCAAGAUUCCAAAUCUGUUGCACCUCUUAACUAUCGUAUGCCAUCUGUUACUGGGUCACAAGCUGUUGCUCCAAACAAUCUAGAUUCCGUUCUACCCAGAGCUGACUAUAAUUUGAACUCAGACAUGGGGGGGCCAAAAAUGGGGAGUUCAGAAUUGCAAACGCGUAAAGACAUCCUCCCAGCAGGAGCAAAUGAAUUCAAUAACGUGUCGCAGAAUACUCCUUCAGAGAACUUGUUAAUACCAGGGUUUGAUGCUGUGGAAAAUCUCCUUGAGGCGUCUCCGGGAAUUUCUAAGAUUGUGUCCCAUAAGCGCUCUAAGUUCUCACCUGGGAUGUUCAUAAAACAGAGCCAGGAUGAUGGGGUUGACGAAGUUACAUGGAAGAUAUCUCCUGUGAAUGAAAGACUUCAAGCAGUUUCAAAACACACGCCUCAGAUAAUUCAAGCUUUGGCUGAAUCUUCUAGAAUCAACUUAUUGCCCGUUGGGAUUUCCUCAGAGAAUCAGACUUCUCUUACUAAAGGUGGCAAAUUUGAAAAGUUACUUGCUUCACCAGUUACAAAGGCUGCUGAGAGGUCAACGGUGUCUAAGUAUGAAAAAGGCUUGAAACGUAUAAAACCAGACCAAGACAUGGUUUUUGAUGUCAGUUCAACUACUGCGAAUGAUUCCGGAGUAAUUACUGGACAGAGCCCCUUCAGAACUCCACCCUCUUUAUCCUAUUGCUCUGACAAAGUAAUUAGGGAUGUUGAGAACAAUGGGCUAUCUGACCAGCUUUAUUUAAGACAGCAUAAAAAGGCAUUGCUGGAACUGUUAGAUCAAGUUGAAGAUGCUAUAUGUGUUGAAAAUGCUACAAUUUGUGAUAAAAAUGCAAAUUACAUUAAGCCUCAAGAUGCAAUAGCUGAUAAUCUGCCCAUCAGAGUUGACUGUGCAGCGGAAAGCACUAUUAUUCAUACACCUAGAGAGGCCAUCAGUGGGUCCAAUUCUAAUUAUUUGGUGUUGGAGGUAUCUGAAAAACAUCAGCUUGCUAAUUCAUCUGCUCUGCAAAGCCCAUGCAAGGUGCUUCGUUUAAUAAAUGAACAAACUGGAGAAGAGAAGGCUGUAAACUUGUUGGAAGAGUGGUCUUACAGUGUUGUUGCACCUGGAGAUACUGUGAAUAUAAUUGGUCAAUUUGAUGAUCAGGGGCUUUGUGGUGUAGAUCAUGAUAAUAAUUUUUUGAUCGUACACCCAGAUAUUCUGGUGUCUGGAUCACGGGUAGCUGCUAGUUUUACUUGUCCAAGGAGGACGGUUUUAGAUGAGAGGCUAAAAUAUAAUGAGUACUCAAUUGCUGCAUUAAAUGGAACCUUACUUCACCAAAUUUUUCAGGCUGGACUUAUCAAGGAUAGUCCUACAAUAAACUUCUUAGAGGAAUAUGCACGAUUGGUGCUCCAGAGAAACAUCGAAAGCUUGUAUGCAUGUGGAGUAAAUGAAAAUGAUGUACACAAAACCUUGAUAGAUGCUAUCCCACGGAUGUUAAAUUGGAUCAAACUCUUCAAGAAUUCAGAGGAAAAGAAAGAUGCUUAUGUUGAUUUUGGAUGUGAUAAUGGGAUAAAGAAAGUCGAAAUAUCUGAGGUAAUUGAUAUUGAGGAGAUGGCAUGGGCUCCUAAAUAUGGUUUGAAAGGGAUGAUUGAUGCUUCUGUCAGUGUGAAGGUUCUACCAAAGGGAAAUGAAGAUGAGAAGGUCAUGCCAUUAGAGUUCAAAACAGGGAAGGCAAUGUCUGGCCAGUCAUCUAUAGAACAUCGUGCCCAAGUGAUCUUGUACACUCUUCUGAUGUCUGAAAGGUACCUGAAGAAUAUUGAUUCUGGUCUUCUAUAUUAUCUCCGCUCAGAUCAGACAGAAGGCAUUGUGGUUCAAAGAUCUGACUUAGUUGGGCUAAUCAUGCGACGAAAUGAACUUGCAAGUGAUAUUCUGAGGGCGUUAACCACACAACAACUGCCUCCAAUGUUACAGAGUCCAAGCAUUUGCAGAGGUUGUCGCCAUCUUAAUGUUUGCAGCAUUUAUCAUAAGGUUCAAGGAGGAAGUGCGAAGAGUAGUGGAUUGGGAGAUUUGUUUGACUCACAUACUAAUCACCUUUCAUCUACUUAUAGUAAGUUCCUCUGCCAUUGGGAUCGGCUGAUUGACUUAGAAGCAAAAGAGACUGAGCUUGUGAAGAAAGAGAUGUGGCGAUCACAUACUUUUAAAAGUCAGAAUAGUACUGGCCUUUCUUCUGUUAUCCUUGAUGCUUCAAAUAAGAUUCCAUGUCCGAAAUCUCUUAAAGAUAAUUGUUUCAUUUAUCGUUUUGUACGAUGUAAUCCAUCUUCUCUAUCUGAAGUGUCUGAUGGUGAUCCUUCUAUUGCUUCAACAAACUAUUUGGAUAUCAAACUAAGAAGUGGAGACUACGUGAUAUUGAGCACUGAAUCUAGCCGUCAAGCUAUUGCUAGUGGGGUGAUUACAGACAUUAGUCAUGCCCAUGUUUCUGCUUCCUUUUCAAAGCGACUGCGGAUUCCUGGAAGCCUCUCCACUAGCCAAGAUCUUUAUAAACAGGUUUGGAGGAUUGAUAAAGAUGAAACUGUGACUUCAUUUGCUGUUAUGAGGUUUAAUCUAGUACAACUUUUCCUACAAAAUGAUCAAAGUGCUCAUCUGAGGAAAAUGAUUGUUGAUCUUGAGGCUCCCAAAUUUGACAGUGGAUCUAUGGUCAGUCAGGACCCAGCAAUAUCAUAUGUGUGGUCAGAGAAGAGUUUGAAUGAUGAUCAGCGUAGAUCAAUCCUCAAGAUUCUUACAGCAAAGGAUUACGCACUCAUACUAGGAAUGCCUGGAACAGGGAAGACAUCAACCAUGGUUCAUGCUGUCAAAGCAUUAUUAAUCAGAGGCACAUCUAUUUUGCUGACAGCCUAUACAAACUCAGCUGUAGAUAAUUUACUUAUCAAAUUAAAAGCUCAGGGAAUUGAUUUUGUACGUAUUGGAAGACAUGAAGCUGUGCAUGAGGAGGUUAGAGAACACUGCCUUUCAGCAACGAAUGUACAAAAUGUUGAUGAGAUCAAAGUAAGGUUAGAACAAGUUAAAGUAGUUGCAGUUACAUGUCUGGGCAUCACCAGUCCCUUGCUUGCCAACAGGACUUUUGAUGUAUGCAUUAUGGACGAAGCUGGGCAGACAACUCUACCAGUGUCCUUGGGUCCGCUCAUGUUUUCCUCAAUGUUUGUACUUGUGGGUGAUCACUAUCAACUUCCUCCGCUUGUACAGAGUGCAGAAGCUCGAGAGAAUGGAAUGGGUGUAAGUUUAUUUUGUAGGCUCUCAGAAGCACAUCCACAAGCAAUUUCAGCACUACAGAGUCAGUACCGUAUGUGUCAGGGCAUCAUGGACCUGUCAAAUGCCUUGAUAUAUGGUGAUAGGUUAAGCUGCGGUUCCACUGAGAUUGCUAAUGCAAAACUUGAGUUCUCUACCUUAAAAUGGGGCUUACCUUGGCUAAAAAAUGUUUUGAAUCCAGACAGGCCAGUGAUAUUUAUUGAUACUGAUAAAUUGCCCGCUUUAGAGGCGAGAGAACAGAAGACCAUAAAUAACCCUGUUGAAGCUCACAUAAUUGUUGAGAUAGCAAAGGCAUUGAUAAAAAAUGGAAUUGGAGAAGAACAAGUUGGCAUUAUUACCCCCUACAAUUCCCAGGCAAACCUCAUCCGCCAGGCUGCUUGCGUGACCUCGUUGGAGAUUCAUACAAUUGACAAAUACCAGGGUAGAGAUAAAGAUUGUAUAUUAGUAUCUUUUGUGAGGUCCAGUGAAAACCCAUCAAGCUGUGCGUCUUCUCUGCUUGGAGACUGGCAUAGGAUAAAUGUAGCUCUCACACGUGGCAAGAAAAAGCUGAUCAUGGCGGGUUCCUGUAGAACUCUAUCAAAGGUUCCACUACUGAAGCUUCUCAUCAAAAAGGUUGAGCAGCAAUCGGGUAUUAUUAGUCUGUCUAAGAAGGAUAUCUAUCAGAAAGGAGAGCUCAAAAGGUGUUCUCACAUGAGAUGAUUCACAAUUCAUUCCCUUGAAUUAUUUUCGAUCU